AAUAAAAAAAAAACACAAAUCCUUUUCGAAGAAACCCUAAAAAACCCCACCUGUUUAUAAUUUUGGGAUUUUUUUUUUGAAAUCAAUAACAAUGGGCAGCAAGAGAAGAGAAGAAGAAGAAUCAUCAUCAUACAGAAAAAGAAGUAAAAGCAAAAGUAGAAAACACAUAUCUGAUUCUGAUUCUGAUUCUGCUGAUGAUUCGCCUUCAUCCGCCUCCGAUGAUUCCGGCGAACGACGUCGUUCUUCGAGCAAACGACGUCGUUCUUCCGGUAAGAGUAGCAGCCGUCACCGGGACUCAGAUUCCGAAGAAGACGGCCGCAGAAGAAAGAAGAAAAGUAGCAAAUUUAGUAAAGAAGAUAUUCUUGAUUAUUUGACCAAAAAAGCACAAAAAAAGGCAAAGAGAGUUGCCAAGAAGUUGAAAGAACCGAUUGUUCAUGGUUACGCUAACGACUCGAAUCCUUUCGGCGAUUCUAGCCUUAACGAAAAGUUCGUGUGGGAUAAGAAGAUUGCGCGAGAUGUUAUCCAAGGAGUUCCUCUUGACACGUUUUCUGUUAAAGCGGAAAAAAAGAGACAGCAAGAAAGGAUGGCAGAAAUCGAAAAAGUUAAAAAGAGAAGGGAGGAAAGGGCUAUUGAAAAAGCAAAACAUGAAGAGGAAAUGGCCUUGCUGGCUAGAGAGCGUGCUCGGGCUGAAUUCCAAGACUGGGAAAAGAAAGAAGAAGAGUUUCAUUUUGAUCAAAGCAAAGUUCGAUCUGUGAUACGACUGCGUGAAGGGCGUAUGAAGCCAAUUGAUAUACUCUCUAAGCAUCUUGACCCUUCUGAUGAAUUUGAUAUAGAGAUAGAGGAGCCGUACAUGGUUUUUAAGGGUUUGACUGUUAAAGAGAUGGAGGAGCUUCAUGAGGAUAUAAAAAUGCAUCUAGACUUGGACAGGGGAACACCCACACAUAUACAAUAUUGGGAGGCACUUUUGGUUGUUUGUGAUUGGGAAUUAGCUGAGGCACGUAAAAAGGACACACUGGAUCGGGCUAGAGUGAGAGGUGAACAACCACCGGCUGAAGUAGUUGCAGAAGAAAGGGGUAUGCAUUCGAGUAUUGAGUUAGAUGUAAAGAAACUUCUUGAUGGAAAAUCAUUUGCCGCACUUGAACAACUUCACUCCGAAAUUGAGUCACAAAUGAGUUCUGGCAGGGCGAAGGUCGUUGAGUAUUGGGAAGCUGUUCUGAAGCGUAUUCACAUCUAUAAGGCAAAGGCGUGCUUAAAGGAAAUUCACAAUAAGAUGCUGCGAAAGCAUAUAAAACGUCUUGAGAAUCCGGAUGGGAGUUACAGGGCCAUGGAAAGAGACAAAACUGUUUCACCUAAAGUGGAGGAUAUAGAUGAUGGAAAAGACGAUGAAGUCCCUCACUCUCCAGAGUUUAUACCUAGACACGAGCCAAUGGAGGAAGAAGAAGAAGAAGAAGAAGAAGACGGUUCAUUUUCACCAGAGUUAAUGCACGGUGAUGAAAAUGAAGAAGCAAUUGACCCUGAUGAGGACAGGGCUCUACUGGAAAGGAAGCGUACGGAAGUAGUGGAAGAACAGCAGAGAAAGCUCAAAGAAGCAAUGGCUUCGCGACCCCCUCCCUCUGAGGAUAAUUUGGAGAUGAGGGCUGUCAAAGCAAUGGGGACGAUGGAUAAUGGUGACGAAGUGUUUGGAAACAGCGAUGAAGUCAAUGUUGACUCUCAGGUCUACUGGUGGCAUGAUAAAUAUCGACCAAGAAAACCCAAAUAUUUCAACCGCGUGCACACUGGAUAUGAGUGGAACAAGUACAACCAGACUCACUAUGAUCAUGACAAUCCACCUCCAAAGAUUGUGCAAGGCUACAAAUUCAAUAUCUUCUACCCGGAUCUUGUUGACAAAAUAAAAGCUCCUAGUUAUACGAUCGAAAAGGAUGGGGAUAGUGCUGAAACCUGCAUCAUUCGGUUCCAUGCUGGACCACCCUAUGAAGAUAUUGCAUUUCGCAUUGUCAACAAAGAAUGGGAGUAUUCACACAAGAAGGGAUUCAAAUGCACAUUUGAGCGUGGAAUCUUGCAUGUUUACUUCAACUUUAAGCGCUACAGAUACCGUCGAUGAGUCAUUUCACAUCCAUCAUGCAGAAAUAUGUCUCUACUUACCUUUUUUUAUAUUUGUUACUUGAGCAUAGAUUGUUGUAUUUUGUUAAAGAUAAAUUCAUGAAUACACAUGUUUCUAUGUAACUGGCAUAGAUUCUUCUAUGGUUCCUGUCGGCACGAGGAAAAUCUAAUUUGUAUGGAAAAGUGAAUUUUCAUACCCACUUUGUAUUUAUAUCUGGUAAUUGAUAAUUUAUAUAUUAAUAAUAUUUUAUUCCUAGUA